CCGAUGGAAAGUGACAGACGAGUGGAUAACAAAAACGCUCUACAUGUAAUGUUCCACUGUUAAAGAGAAGGAAAGUCUACAGUGUGUGACAGCGAUGGAUCGUGGGGACGAUGAGUGAAACAAGGCAGAUGAACAGAGAAGUGAGCAUUGGCUGUUUGCCUGCAGGGGGGCAUGUGAACCAGGCUCUUAAAAUGCAGGUGCAGCAUGGUCGGAGCUCUCCUCCUCCAUCCAAGGCCCAUCCACUAAGUAGAUGGUGGGAUCGGGCCACACUAAUCCAGAGAGACAGAAACUGCCUUGCUCUCUUCAGUAGCCUUGUGUCUUUCAGGCACGAAAUCAUCAACAUCAACCUGAAGAACAAGCCCGAGUGGUUCUUUGAGAAGAAUCCCUUUGGGCUGGUGCCGGUUCUGGAGAACAGUCAGGGUCACUUGGUCACCGAAUCCGUCAUCACUUGUGAGUACCUGGAUGAGGCAUACCCAGAGAAGAAGUUAUUUCCAGAUGACCCGUAUGAGAAAGCUUGCCAGAAGAUGACCUUUGAGUUAUUCUCUAAGGUGCCGUCUUUGGUUAUAAGGUUUAUUAGGACGAAGAGAAAGGAAGACUGUCCCAGCAUAAAGGAAGAGUUGAAGAGAGAAUUCAGCAAGCUAGAGGAGGCUAUGGCUAACAAGAAGACAGUCUUCUUUGGUGGGAAUUCUGUCUCUAUGAUUGAUUAUCUUAUUUGGCCUUGGUUUCAACGACUGGAAGCAUUGGAGCUCAAUGAGUGUAUAGCCCACACUCCAAAACUCAAGCUCUGGAUGGCAGCCAUGCAGGAAGACCCCGUAGCAUCAUCUCACUUCAUUGAUGCCAAGACCUUCCGUGACUACUUAAGUCUCUACCUGCAGGACAGCCCAGAGGCCUGUGAUUAUGGGCUCUGAAGGGCAAGAGCCCUCAGCCAAUGUUUCCCUUCAGUGGUUAAAUAACAUGCCUUUAUUUUACCCAACAUUCUCACUGGCUCCUUUCUCACAAUUUGACCUUAUGGCCCAGCUGGGUUUCCUCCGGGGCCCGCUACUGCACUUCUAUUUCAGAACAAUCUAUUCUAUUGGUCCUAACCAUCUUCACUGACACCCCCAAACCAUCACCUCUGGCUUGAUCCAGACUUCUAGAUUUGGAUUUCAAGAAAAAUGUUGUUUUUGAUUUCUCAUUUCUGAAAACUGAAUUCCUCAUUCUUUCCAUCAUUAAAUCUCUUAUUCCUCUUGUGA